UUUUCCGAAUUAGUUUAUUUUCCCUUUCUUUUUUUUCCGCCAGAAAGGGUUUUUGAAGUCAUUCCAUUUCCCUAAUUUCCCCAAAUCAAAGAGAGCGAUGGUGGAAGAGGCAUCAGCGUCAGAAACCUCGGUGACAAUGGCAGCCCCGACUGCCCUGGCAACCCAGGCCUCCAACGAGGCCACCAUAGAGUCUAACGCUCAAGGAGGCACCGAGUCCACCUGCAACAACAUCAACCACAACAACAACAAUAACAACAACGCGGCCGAGGGUUCCUCUGAAGGAGAUCGAGAGAAGUCGUUGGAGUACGCGGAGGAUUUGAUGGAGAAGGGAUCCAAGGCCAUCAAGGACAGCGAUUUCAGCGAGGCCGCCGAGUGCUUCAGCCGUGCCCUAGAGAUCAGGGUUGCGCAUCAUGGUGAACUGUCUCUGGAAUGUGUGCAUGCAUACUAUAAAUAUGGAUGUGCAUUGCUGUACAAAGCACAAGUUGAGGCUGAUCCGUUGGGUACUGUCCCCAAGAAGGAGGGUGAUUCUCAGCAAGACUCGGCUAAAGACGGAUAUGUUAAGAAUGAGAUAAAUGGGGGGUCGUCAAUGGCUUCUGUCUCGGGUAAUGUUGAAGAGGAAGCAAGUACAAAUCAUCAGGAAGGAGCACCAGAUGAUGCUACAGUUUCCAGUGGAAAAGAUCAAGAAGAAGAAGAUGAGGAUAGUGAUGUUGAGGAUCUGGCUGAAGCAGAUGAGGAUGAGUCUGACCUUGAUUUGGCAUGGAAAAUGCUAGAUGUUGCAAGAGCAAUUGUAGAAAAACACUCUGUUGACACAAUGGAAAAAGUGGACAUAUUAUCAGCAUUGGCAGAAGUUGCUCUGGAAAGAGAGGACAUUGAAAGUUCUCUCAGUGACUAUCAAAAAGCACUAUCUCUCUUAGAACAGCUGGUUGAACCAGACAGUCGACUGAUAGCUGAACUAAAUUUCCGGAUAUGUUUGUGUCUGGAGAUUGGUUCCAAGCCUCAAGAAGCCAUUCUAUUUUGCCAGAAAGCUAUAUCAGUGUGCAAGUCUCGGGUGCAGCGGCUUAUGAGCGAAGUAAAGAGCGUCUCAGAAUCAACAACUUCAUCAUCUGCAUCUGAGCUAGAUCAGGUUGUCAACUCCAGUGGGUCGCAGUCUGAUAACACUAUAACAGAAAAAGGAACAGAAAUUGAAACACUCACUGACCUCUGCAGUGAGCUGGAGAAGAAGCUUGAAGAUCUUCAUCAACUGGCCCUGAAUCCUAAGUCAAUUCUCUCUGAACUUCUGGGGAUGGCAUCUGCUAAGUCAUUAGGCAGUGAAAAGAGUGCAUCUCCAACAGUUAUGAGCUCCUCGCGAAUGGCUACUGCUGACAGCAGUGGAGAUUUUGACUCCCCAACCGUCUCCACUGCUCACACAAAUGGAUCUUCUGGAGUCACACAUCUUGGUGUGGUAGGAAGAGGAGUGAAGAGAGUGUUGACAAACUCAGGUACGGCAGAAUCAAGUCCAAUGAAGAAACCAGCAUUAGAUUCCUCGGAAAAUAAGGCUGAUGGCAAAAACUCUUGAAGUUUUUGGAUUCUGCUGGUCUCUGUGUAGGUGACCGCAAAUUAUGGGUUUCUUCAAACUGCUUGAUUGGCCAUAGUCGGCUGUGCAUCAUAAGAUUACCAUGCUUGUUUUUUAAGGUAGGAUUCAUGCGUUACCUUGGUGUAUACAUUAUGCUAUGGUGUUAAGAACAAUACUCUAUUAUAUCUUGUUGUAGAAGUUUGGCAGUCUUAAAUUGUCUGUUAUUUCUA